AUGUUUUUAAGAUUUUCUCCAGUGAGUGGUGUUGGACAAGCACUGAAAUCUCGAAAGUUCACGCCACGUUUUAUUGGUCUUUAUCAGAUCUCGAAGAAAGUAGGAGAAGUGGCUUACAAAGUUGCUUUACCGCCGUUUCAUUUGAAUCUCCAUAAUAUCUUUCAUCUGUCUCUGUUAAGAAAGUACAUUCCUGAUCCAUCUCUUGUGAUCCAAGUGGAUGGCAUGCAACUUAAAGAGAACUUGAAAGCAAAUGCAUCUCCCUCGAGAGUAGGGAAUCGAGAAGUGAAUCACUUGAGAGGCAAAAAGAUUGUGUUGGUGAAGGUAGUGUCAGGAGGACCUACUGGUGGAAGCAUGACAUAUGAGUCGGAGAUCCAGAUUAGAGAGUAG